CUUAUUUAAGAAAGCCAUCUCUUGAAUUUGAGUGGUACAUCUCUUCUGCUAUUCUGCAGUACAAUUCUUCUGCUAUCUUUUGCAGUCUAGCUCUUAUGCCAUCUUGCCAUGGCCUCUCUUGUGCAAAAUGAAGUUGAUCUCCCUGUCAUUGACAUGUCACAACUGCCCCUCAACUUUGAUGCCCAACAAGGAAUACAUCAACUCGAGAAUCAUCCCAUGGUAGCCAAGCUCAGAGAUGCCUGCAAAGAAUUGGGAUUCUUCUAUGUAGUAAACCAUGGAAUUCUAGAAUCUGUGCAGCAAAACGUGGAGUCAGUGGUCCGUGAACUAUGUGCCCUGCCUCUAGAGGUUAAAGAAAAGGUAGCCAAUCCUGCAUUAAUGGAGAGCUAUACACGUAAUGCUUAUGCUGAGAAUUUCAGCUUCUUGAAUGUUCCCCAGGCCAAUUCUGUGCAGCAACUGACUGAUAUUAUAUGGCCAAAUCAAGGAAACCCAAAGUUCAGUGAGACAGUUCGAGCGUAUACCCUUGUCUUGACAGAUCUAGCAAGCAAACUCAUUAAGAUGACUACUGCGAGCCUGGGGUUGGACGUGGAGGCUGUCUAUAAUUCUGAUUUUGAAGGCUUCUCUUCUAACCUGCGUAUAAACCACUAUUUUAAUGAGGCUGGAGGAAAAUCCAAGGAGGAGGAGGAGAUGUUGUUUCCUCAUACAGACAUCGGUUUCUUUUCCAUACUUUACCAAGACAACGAAGGGGGUCUUCAAAUCCACUCAAAACAAGGGGAAUGGCUCAACAUCAAGCCACUGCCAAAUUCAUUUGUUGUUAAUGUUGGCGAUACUCUUAAGGUAUGGAGCAACAGCAGAUACAACAGUGGGGAGCAUCGAGUUGUUUACAAAGGGUGGAAAAAGAACCGACUAUCUCUGCCUUUCUUUGUGCAGUUUCCAGAGGAUAAACCCAUUUGGGCUCAUGAUCAGCUGGUGGAUAAUGAGCAUCCACGCCGUUAUAGGAGUGUUACCUUCUCCCAGGUUAAACAAGAAUAUUUUAAGCAUGUCCAGUCUAAGUUCAAAAAGCCUUCAGAAUUCAUGGAUAUGUAUGCAGGAGUGCAAGUAUAAGAAAAUCUUGUGUGGACGUUAAGUGCACAGUCAAAAAAUUCAUUCAGUGUGGGAUUAUAAUAACUUUACAAUAAGUGCACGGAGUUGGAUAGUUCUGCUAGUAUUGCAGAUUGGGCAUAAAGCUCAUACAAAUACGCUUCUAUUACUUUGUCAUUAAAUAAGGGUAAUAUAGGGUUGAACUUUCUUUAUAA